GCGGGUGGCGUAUGAGGCUCCUCCUUAGCUGGACUGUAUUUCGGCCCUACCCCUUUUGGGGUCCUGAGCCGUGUCUGCGUGCAGCCGAUGCUUUAAAAAUGAGAGACGGGCGAACGAAGGCCCUGCGGGAGUGGUGGAUGGACGCCGUAGGGCGCUCCCGGGGAGGCCUAUGGCUGCAGGGCCUAAGGUUUGCCCUCUUUGGUGGCACAGGGCGUGUCUCCGCUGGCUAGUCUGUUGGGUCUUGCUGCCCUCUGCAGGGUGUUGUAGUAUCGUGAGAAGACUCCAAGCCGAGUGUCAGAACUUCUGGCAACUUACUCUUGAAAGACAUAACCCGGUGAAGUUGGUUAACGUGGUCUUUGAAGACCAACUUGUUCUGGGGAAGCCCAGAGGACUUAUAUUCCUUCUCCCUCCAAGCUGGCGACGAUCUCAGGCUCAAUUCGUUCUACCAUUGAGAGGCUCUUGAUGGAAGAACUAGAGCAAGGCCUGUUGAUGCAGCCGUGGGCAUGGCUACAGCUCGGUGAGAACUCACUCUUGGCCAAGGCGUUUAUCACCAAGCAGGGUUAUGCCUUGCUGAUUUCGGAUCUUCAGCAGGUGUGGCAUGAACAGGUGGAUGCUUUGGUGGUCAGCCAGCGAGCCAAGGAGCUGAACAAGCGCUUAACUGCUCCCCCGUCUGCUUUCCUCCACCAUCUGGAAGAACUGCUUCUCCCACUGUUUAAAGACUCUGCUCAGCAGGAUGCCGCUCAUCCCAGCAAAGCUACUUUCUCCUGUGAUCUAGUAGCAGAGACACUGAUUCUCCGGGUGCGAAGUGAGCUGUCUGGUCUCCCCUUCAACUGGCAUUUCCACUGUACCGCAGCUAGUUCUUCACAGGUCUCUCAGCAUUUGAUUCGUCCUCUGAUGGGUGUGAGCCUGGCUUUGCAGUGUCACGGGAGGGAGCUAGCAGCAUUGCUUCGGAUGAAGGACCUAGAGAUCCAGGGCUACCAAGAGAGUGGGGCUGUGCUGAGCCGGAGUCGAUUGAAGACAGAGCCAUUUGAAGAACAUUCUUUCUUGGAACAGUUUAUUGUAGAGAAAUUGCCAGAGGCGUGCACUGUUGGUGAUGGAAGGGCAUUUGCCUUGAGUCUGCAGAGUCUGUAUGUGGCAGUCACCAAACAGCAGAUCCAAGCAGGGCAGAAGCGUCAAGGCUCUGGAGAGACACAGACAUCAUGCAGCCCCACCUCUCAAGGAACUGAUAGCCAGCUUCUGAAACAGCCCGAACAGCCAGUGUCUUCCACUCCAGCCCUCUCAGAGCCUGAGCCUGAGCCUCUGGGUGCUUCAGGCCCUGUGCAGAGACCUCAGCUGGCAAAGGCCAAGAGGAAGAAGCUGAGAGGACUCUUCAGUUGACUUGCUGUGUCUCUCCACCAAGAAAGGAGCAGAACAGCUUCCCAGCAUCAUCUGGAACAAAGCUGGCACAGCAGGGCAUUCCUCGGAUGGAGCUGCUGUCUGGGGACUGGCAUUUGUGUUGACAGGCCUCCUAAUGGGACGCUCUCUCACCUGUGGAAGCUUGGCUCCAGCUCCAACUCACUGCCACUGGCAUUCCAUCCACGAGUGAAGUCUUUUCUCUAGAACUAGUACUCUGUGUGAACUCAAGUAAAGCAGGUCUGUAACAAGACACAUGCCCCUCAGAAAACCCUUUUCUCCUAAAACAGAAUAAAGGGCACUCACGCUCCCCUGCUGUUGA